AGUUGAAGGAAGCAAUGGAAGGCCUUAGGCAUUCAGUUUCAAAUAAGGAGUUCUCUGACCUUAUCAGUGAUAUUUAUGAAGAGCUCAACAUCACUGAUGAUAACACCUCCUUCAUGCUGGAUCAUGCCCUGCCCUGUGAAGGCCAGCGAUUUUCCCCAGCAAUGCACAUCUUUUUCUGCAUCUUCUACCUGAUGAUCUUCAUGGUGGCCAUCCCUGGUAACCUGGUGGUGAGUUUGGUGGUGAGCUCCAGCCGGCAUAAGCUCAACCCGUCUGACCUGUUCCUUUUCCACCUGGCCCUGGCUGACCUGAUGCUGGCCUUGACGCUGCCCCUGUCAGCUGUGUCCACCUUGCAAGGCUGGGUUUUUGGGAAUGCUGUCUGCAAGCUGGUCAGGAUGGCUCUGGAAGUUAACUUCUACACCGGCAUCCUUUUUUUGGUCUGUAUUAGUGCUGACCGUUACAUGUUGGUUGUGCAUGCCACCACAGAGAGCAGGGUCAGGAACCAAGGACGCUGGCCCACUAGCUGGAUCACCUGUGUCUCUGUCUGGACACUGGGGUUGCUGCUAUCUAUCCCUGCAGCCAUCUACAAUGAAGCCUACAAUUUCGAAGACGUUGAUUCCAAAACACAGUGUGGAGAACGCUACUCCACCGCUAGAUCCUCUGAGUGGCGGUUAGCCACACGCAUGCUCCGUCACUUGCUGGGCUUCUUGCUUCCCCUGGGUGCCAUGUUGGGCUUCUAUGGCAUUACCAUAGCCCGGCUGGUACAGACCCGUGGGUUUCACAAGCAGAAGGCCAUGCGGGUCAUCAUCGCCGUGGUGGCAGCCUUUUUGCUCUGCUGGUGCCCCUACCACGUUGCCAUGAUUGUGGACACACUGGUGAGGGCGAAGUUGGUGGACUCAGGCUGCCAAAAGAGAAGAGAGACUGACAAUGCUCUCCUUGCCACCCAGAGCCUGGGCUUGCUCAACUGCUGCAUCAACCCUGUGCUGUAUGCCUUUGUGGGAGAAAAGUUCAGAAGGAACCUAAUGAGGCUGCUAGGCAAAAGAGGUGUGCUGGAGAGAGAGUCAUCGUCCAGGUUCAGCCGGUUAACCUCCACCACCUCACAAGAUGCUAACAAUGCUUUCAUGUAACUGCCCUUCUGAGACUACAGAGAAAGCAAGAGCUCAGUAACAUCUAUUGUUAAAAUUACAUAUACAUAUGUGUGUGUGUGUGUGUGUGUGUGUGUGUGUGUGUGUGUGUGUGUGUGUGUGUGUGUGUGUGGUUAAAGCCAUUCAGGGUGGUUUCAUGUGAACUGCACUGUUGUGGAGAAUUAUUCACAGUGGUGGUGAGAGGAUAUAAGUGUAUGAGGAGUUUAAUGCCUCUGAAAGCUCCCUAAUAAAAUGCAUUACAUGAAAUGGUUACAAAUAGUGUAUCUAAUAAUCGAGACACUGUUUUAUGAAAUUGUUUAGAAAAUAGCAGAGCGGUAGGCAAUGCAAGGCAAGUUGUAUCCAGAUGUACCACUAUUUUCUCAGAGGUAAACCAUGUCUAUUAGAGCUAGGCUUUCAAUUUGGGCAAUAUAUGUAAAAACAUGAGGAAAACCCAUUUCGAUGCUACUGCUUAAUUCUGCUUGCAUCCCUAAAAGAUUCCUGUAAGAUUCAUGAACACCUUCUGACGGAGCACAUUUUGGCGCCAGAAUGUAAAUGCUGCAGCACUGAAAAGUGGAACAGAAAAUUCAUUGGCACUGUAACUGCUGUACAGCUGGGAUAGAAAACAGAAGACUUUUGAGUUUCAUUAGAAACUUGCGACAGACACAUUACCAUCUAUUUUACUUUGUAGCAGUUUCAGAGAAACUCUUUCAGGAGAGCGGCUGGUGUAGAACUUUUCCAUUUCUAACAACUCAUUAAUUAAGUGGCCUCUUGUGUUCUCAGUCAGUGAUAUAUCUGGGACUUCCAGAAGGCUCAGAGUGAUGUUUUUUCUCUUGAUAUUGUUCCCACCCAUUGUAAACCAAAAUGUGAUUGGUUGGUUCCAAUCAUUUUGUAAAUAUACUAGUAGUUGAUCUAAGGCUUUCUAACAACUCUUCAGUUCUUGGAGUCCUCACCAAUAGGAGAGCUCGUUUGACUAUAUGUACCUAGAUGCCACGAAGACAAACAACUCCUAAUAGGCUGCUUUUCUACUCUGUGUUUUGAUUCUGUUGAAUAAAAAUGAACUAAAAAUGA